CGCCCCUCUUCUGACCCAGGUUUCUCUGAUGACACCGGCCGAAUCAUCCCAAUCAUCAUCAUUAUAUUAUUAUUAUUAUUAUUAUUAUUAUUAAUCAAUCAGUCAAUCCAGAAGAGCAAGACGCAGAGCUUUGCCCUCGCCUCCCCUGCAAGGGAGCCGGCGAUUGGGCGGCUACCGCCCCCACUGCCCAGCCUGCGUGCGGCCCCGUCUCCGCGGGGGGGCGCGCAGCUGGGACCCGCCCAUUGCAGCCUUGAUGCGCCCGGGAUCGCCUGAUCAGCUGCUUUAUCUCCGCGCAGCAGACGCGCUCUUGCUGCAACGCCCCUGCGGAAGAAGGUCUCCCCUUGCUGCAACCGACAUUUCUUGUUUUUUUCCCUCCUUCCUUCUCUUUUCCUUUCCCCGUUCCGACCGGAUCGCGACCCGAACCCGGCCGGGGAGAUCGGGAGAAGACCAUGGACCUCUCCGGGAUGAAAGUGUUGGAGACGGCCGAGGACAUCCAAGAGCGCCGCCAGCAGGUCCUGGACCGCUACCACCGCUUUAAGGAGCUGUCCACCCUGCGGCGCCAGAAGCUUGAGGACUCCUACCGCUUCCAGUUCUUCCAGCGCGAUGCCGACGAGCUGGAAAAGUGGAUCCAGGAGAAGCUCCAAGUGGCCUCAGACGAGAGCUACAAGGACCCCACCAACCUGCAGGGGAAGCUGCAGAAGCACCAGGCCUUUGAAGCCGAGGUACAAGCCAACGCUGGCGCCAUCGUCAAGCUGGACGAGACCGGCAACCAGAUGAUGAACGAGGGCCACUUCGCCGGCAAAACCAUCCGGACCCGGAUGCAAGAGCUCCACCGGCUCUGGGAGCUGCUUUUGGAGAAGACUCGCGAGAAGGGCGUCAAGCUCCCCCAAGCCCAGAAACUCGUGCAAUACCUGCGAGAGUGCGAGGAUGUGAUGGACUGGAUCAAUGACAAGGAGCAGCACCUGGAAGAGGAAGUGAUCCGCUCCAAGCAGGAAGAGGUCAACGCCUCCUGGCAGCGUCUGAAGGGAUUGGCUCUCCAGAGGCAGGGAAAACUUUUUGGGGCGGCCGAAGUGCAGCGCUUCAACAGGUGGCCGGCUUUCCCUCUAUUUUAUUUGAUUUCCAUUUAUCUUAUUUGUCCUCCUUUUUUCUAUUUCAUUUCUGUAAGGGGGAGGGAGUACAGAGUACCCCCCCCCAUCAUCAAGAGUAGCUCCUCACAGAGUAGCGAAGGAAACAUAGACUCCGGGGAGGGAAGUCAGGACAUGGAGAGAGAGUGCCCGGGCUCAGGCAGGAUGAAAGAGCCCAGACUCCACAGACGGGAGGAGAGAGAAGGGGACAAGGGGGAGAGGGAAAACAUGGAACGCAGACCCUUUCCGCCGGUUCCGGAAUUACGAAGGAGGAGAAAAGGAAGGAGAUUCAGUGUCCCGCGCCUUUUAUGUUGGGGGCGUUUGCGCCGAGGGGCACUUCCGGAUUCUGCAUCAGAGUGA